UUGUGUAAAUAAUGUCAUUUGUGUAAACUUGAUUCAGCAAUGUGCACUUUCUUGUUUUUGCGUUUUCCAUCACUGCAUCACAGGUAAAUGUCAACUAUAGUUCAGCAAUUUGCUGCAAAGCGUCAGGCAAAGACGCUUUAUAAGAGCUGUGUAGGAACUCAAUUUGCUGUAACAUAGUUUAUUAUUUGAAGUGAAAGUAAUAGAAAAUAUCACAAAUAGGAAUAAAUUGCAAUACUUUGUCGGUCGAAAGUUCGGUUCGAAAGUUAGCUGUCGUGUACGAUCACGGACAUAAAGUUUAUAACAAAAGCACGGAAUGAGGAGGCUUGGGCUGCAAUAGCAGUUGAAUUCUAAGAAACGGGUAUGGAUUUCUUAUUAGUAAUUAAGCAAUAAUUGUGGUUGGUUACUGGUCUUCAAUACUAUGCAAUAAGUGUAUGCGUUCAUGAAUAAAAAACCUUCAAAAAACAAUAUUUUACAUGGAUUGUUUGUUCAAGACAGGAUGCUUUCUAAAAAAAUGAAAAAAUGAAAAAUAUUUAUUGCAAAUGUUUAAAUGGAAAAACGCAUCAGCAGUUGGUGGUUUUCAAACCAACACCUUUGAAAUUAAAGUUUAUUUUUAUUGUUUUUGAAAUGCAAAAAUCCUUUGAUAUAAGUGAAGAACAUAAACAUGAGUCAAUAUUUGUAAAAUUCGGUCGAAAUCGAAACGUACGUCCACUCGUAUAAGGAGAAUUAUUUAGCUGAUCUUGUUGAAUUAUUAGUUCCUCAUGCACAAACAAAUAAUGAUAUCGAUUAUAUAGAACGAUUUGAUAAUGAAGAUGCCACAAAAAAAAAAAAAGAUGCCAAGAAAACUGAAAAUAAUUGACGGGCCUUCAUUUUUAAAUGAAGAUCAUUCAAACACAAAAACUAAUGCAGAUCUUCAAGCUUUAUAAUCUGAAGGCGAAGAAAUACCACCGGCUAAGUUUGCAAACGUUCAAAUCGAUACAAGCUUUGCAAAGCGAACACAAUUACAAUUAAAUACAUUUAAGCCAAUUAUGUGUGAGAAAUCUUUACAAUUUGAUACGAAUAGAUCGAAAGAAGACACAUAUUUCGAUAUAUAUAAACCAUAUAUAAAAACAGUAAAUAAACGACAGCGUAUCGUGUUAAUUCAAAAUAUUUUUAAAGCUAUAGUUACGACUUUAGAUGACUGUAGAGACUUCAAUGACUCUGUAAUUGAAAGUCCACAAAGCAAAAAAUUUAAAAAGAAAACAGUUGAAAAUAAAUCUUAUUCAGUACCAAUAGGACCAGGAGCCAGACUCGCACCAAGAGUAUCAUACACAGUUUCGGAAAGAGUAGAUGGUGCUACGACUGCUAUGGCAAUUAUUCAAAAAUCGACUCUACCAAUUUUUACGGUACAUGCAAAUAAUGCUAGAGCAAUUAAUAAUUUUAGUCAUAGCCUCUUAAGACAAAAUGCACCACAACCACCAUCUGACAACAACAAUUCUGACGACGAAUUUGCUGGUAUUAUAAGAACGGAUGAGUUGGGGCUAUGGAUAAAGGACGAACCACUUGACGAUUAUGAUUUGUAAUUCAGUUUUGAAAAUAUGGUUGUUUUGUUUUUUUUGAUUUAAUAUUAAAUUUAUAAAA